CACUGUCAACAGCAAGAGAUUAUGGAGGCUGCAGCUCUAAGUAUCCGACUUUUGACUGUUGUUUUAGUGAUGAUGGCCGUACAAGCUGACCACAGUAACUUUGCUGGUGCAGUUUUUGCUCGCGUUGUUCCAGACAGGUGUCAGUUCUUUGAAUACGAUAAUGUCUCUGUACAUUGUGAGGAAGAUAACAGCAUCGGUGAAUGGAGCGUGAAGUGGAAAUCCCAUAAAAUAGCAAACGCUUCCCUCACAUUGAAUAUAUCAGCAUCACCCUGCACAAUUUCUCCCCUCUUUGAAAGACACAGUGGAGAAUACUGGUGUGAAAAUGAAAAGGGAGAACGAAGUGAGGUUGUGAACAUUUCUGUCACUGCUGGUUUUGUAAUCCUGGAAAGUCCAACCUGCCCUGUGAAGGAGGGAAAUGAGGUGACCCUAAAUUGUACAAACAAGAAAACUCAGUCAGAACACAUAACUGACUUCUACAAAGAUGGUUUAUCUCUUGCGACCCGGUAUCAAAGCAGCAUGACCAUCAAAAAUGUCUCCAAGUCUGAUGAAGGACUCUACAAG